GGGUUGUUGACUUACACUUCCUAGUUGUCGCUAACCCGGGAGAGUCCCAAAGUACUGGCACCGAGCGGCUCCGGUGAAAGAUGGAUGGAAGUGAAAUAUCAUCACACUCAGAAGAAUAUCCAUUGAGAAGCAGUGUCUCUUCAGGAGGAAACCAUCAAGUGGACGUGAUUGUUUACUUAGUUAACGAUCAGAGUGUUCCACUUAAUUUGGACAGCAGCAUUUCCAUCACCCCAGCUCAAGAGAUCCACAGGUUGAUACGUGCUGCUCUGCAUUUACCUGAUAUCGCACAGGAAGUGUUUGCACUGUGGCUCAUAUCUCCUUUUCUGGAGGUACAACUAAAACCAAAGCAUCAGCCUUACAAAAUUUGCCGGCAGUGGCAUGAUCUCUUGGCACGUUUCACCAACUGCUCCAUGGAUGACAUUCACCUAGAUGAACCUUCUUUGCAAUUCCGAAGAAAUAUUUUCCUACCUAAAGCACGUGAACUUCAGAUUUCUCAUGAUGUUGUCUUAAAACUGUUGUAUGAAGAGGCCAAGUACAAUGUCUUGGAAGGUCGAUAUCCGUGUGAUGUAGAGGAUUGUGAGAAGCUGGGUGGUUUGGUCUGCCGGGUAGAACUUGGUCCUUAUGAUGAGGAGCAGCAUACUCCUUCUACACUUAGGCCCAAAUUGGAUUGCUAUCUUCCACAACAUAUGUGCAAGAAGAGAAAUGGAGGCCUGCUAACUGCUUUCAGAACCAAAGGUGGACGCCAAGCAAGUUUCGAGCAGACACUCCUAAACACUUACAAAGACGUUAAAGAGACUAGUGCUUGUUCUGAGACAGAGGCCAUGAAUUGUCACUACAAGGCAUAUCUGAAGAAGUGUCAUGAUCUCCCUUACUAUGGAUGUGCAUUUUUCAUGGGAACAGUUGACAAACCUGCGCAAGGAUUACUCAGUAGAAAUGGACGCAAGACCGUAUCGGUUGCCAUUAACAUGGAAGGCGUGUCUGUAAUUGACAGAAAAGAAAAGCAUGUCUUGAUAAGCCUAAAGUAUUCUGAGUUGUCCUGGGAUUACACAUAUCCUAGUGAUGAUGAACCUAUCCUGUGGCUAGAAUUUGACGGAGACAAUGAAGGAACCCCAGUCAACAAACUGCUGAAAAUAUACUCCAAACAGGCAGAGCUCAUGAGUGGUCUUAUUGAGUACUGCAUAGAGUUAAAUCAAGCAACAGAGUCGCCCGUAUCAGAAUCUGCACCUGGCAAUUCCCAGUUGUCUGAAAAACGUCCCAAACUGCACAGACAGGAGAGUGUCUUGUGUAACCGAAUGAAAAACCUUUCUACAAUAGACUAUGUAGAAGACGGUGCUGAAAUCAAAAGAGUGAAACCUAAACGAGCAGCAUCAUUCUUCACCCGGCAGUCAACCCACAACUAUUCCUCUGUACAACCUUCUGAAACUGCAGGCCAGAGCUGACCUUUUUUAGUAAUGCAGGGUAUGACCAAAGAGUGUGGGCUUUAGCACUAGACCUUAUCCUUAUGGACCAAGUCAAAAUAAUUUCAGCACUUGUAGUAUCUUGUGAGUAAGCAGCUGUGCUACUUGUCCACAAUUUCCAAGAUCCACGAAUCAGCCAUGGGCAGAUCAUUAUUAUAAUGGACGGUCAAUGUGUGCCAUUUAAAGGACCACUAUAGUGACCAGGACCACUACAGCUUUAUGCGGUGGUUCUGGUGCCUAUAGUAUGUCUCUGCAGGCUGAGCAUUGUAAACACUGCAUUUUCAGGGAAACAGAAGUGUUUACGAUGCUUCCUAGGAACACCUCUAGCUGCAGUCAAUGUGUGUGCAGCACUGGCGUUCAAGACUUCCAUGGAGAUGCUGAACACUCCACAUAGACACUCUAUGAGGAGAUGCUGAUUGCUGAAGCGUGGCUUUUUGAUCCACAUGUGCAAUAGCCCCUCAAUGCUUUUCUAUGGGAAAGCAUGGGGUUGGCUGAGAUCAUCAAGAUUAAAGAUCUCUGUCAUGGAGGCAGGGGGAAAAAAGCAAAGUGUAAACACCUUUUUACUGCUAUCUAAGGGGGCUG